CAAAACUUCAUUCUCCGAUUGGGUACCACGCGGCAACAUGCAGCACAGUCAGUCGGCGGUCACGCUCGGCGCGAACAAGGGGUCCUGGGCGGACAUCAAGAAGGAGGAAGGCAUGCGCAAGCGGUCGAACACAGCGCAGAACCUUCAAUUCUACGUGGAAGAGCAAAAGCGAUUGUACCAUGAACUUCCGUUUAUGGCCCUGCCGGGGAUGCGUCGGCAGAGUUUCCAACGCGAACGCAGCUUUUCCAACAUCAAGUCGAAGAGCUCAUGGGGCAGCUUCACCAACUUGGUGAGUCAAGGCCAAGGGGAAGGCCAAGCGUUGUUGGGCGAACCGCGCGGCGAGCCGGGGUACACAUUGCCUCUGUUGUUGUCGUGCUGCGUGGCGCUCGUGAGUGCUUUCCAGUUUGGGUACAACAUUGGCGUGACAGGGGCGCUGAACACGGACUUCAUCUUCCCUGAAACCGUGAAAUCCGUGUCCCAAAAGAAUUUGGAGUGGUCGAUUGUCGUGUCCAUCUUUGCGAUCGGUGGGCCCAUUGGGUCUCUCGUCGCGGGCCAGAUCAGUCAAACGUACGGUCGCAAGAAGGCGUUGAUUUUCGACUCGUUCCUGUUCAUCUUGGCGGGGGGACUCAUGGCGUUCGCGAACAACAUCUACUGGCUCAUGGCUGGCCGCUUCCUCGUUGGGUUUGCCGCCGGGACCGUCAGUGUCGUCGUGCCGUUGUACUUGGGCGAACUCGCCCCGCCCAAUUUGCGAGGGGCGCUGGGCACGGGGUACCAAUUCGGAGUCGUGCUGGGUAUCUUGGCGGCAGACCUGCUGGCGUUUGGGUUUUCGGACGUGAGCGAUGGAUUCGCGCGCCCUGGCUGGCGCUUUAUGUUUGGGUUCACGGCGAUCCCUGCAUUGUUGCAGCUGGCGCUGGCAUCGUUCUUGACCGAGUCGCCUCGUUGGUUGCUCACCCAAAAUAAACCCAAGGAAGCUGCAGAAAUCUUGCGUCGGCUGCGCGGCACCACGGACGUGUACGAAGAAAUCGACAGCAUUUGCUCGGCCAGUGAUAACGAAUCGUCCGACAUGACAGUGUGGGAAGUGCUCUCGGACAAGAGCAUUCGCUUCCCGUUGAUUGUGGGCAUUUCGCUGCAAAUCGCGCAGCAAUUGAGCGGCAUCAAUGCUGUCAUGUUUUACGCCAACUCUUUCUUCAAGGGCGUGCAUUUGUCCAACCCGUUGGUCGGCGCGACGCUCGUGGGGGCAAUUAACGUCGUGUCCACGGGCGUGGCGUUGGUGCUCAUGGACACUGCGGGCCGGUACGUACGUACGCCUGGCUAUUGUCUGUAUUUUACCCAAAAUGUGUAGACUUUUUGUGCGGAUUCUUUGCCAAAUUUAUCGAAAACUCUUUGUACUGUCUUUUGUAUGUACAGAUCGUCGAGGAGUAUCACACUAAUUUCAUUCACACACACUAAUUCGAUGUUGAAUUGGUCGAAAGCGAGUGGAUUUGAUUGGCUACUUGAAUCUUGAUCUGGGUUUUGAUUGGUCGAUUCGGUCCUUCUGCUCGUACUCGAUUGAGAGCACCCAUACAAACUGCAAUUUCGAAUCAUCGACUUGACCAUAUCAUUUCGAUCGUUGCUCUAGUCGUUGUAGCUGACCAACACUCUUUUUUAUCUUGUUGUCCUAGCCGUCCGUUGCUUCUGUGGUCGUGCGGAGGCAUGAUUGUGUCGUGUGUGAUCUUGACGUUGGGGUUGUGGCACAUGCUGCCGUACUACGACAUGGUGAGCGUGGGGGGGGUGAUGCUAUUCGUGUGGUUCUUUGAGAUCGGACUCGGGCCCAUUCCGUGGCUGAUUGUGGCAGAGAUGUUCCCCGCCAAGCCGCGCCCGACCGCCAUGUCGGUGGCCACGAUGGUCAACUGGAUGUUCAGCUUCGUUGUGGGCAUUGCGUUUCCCACGAUGCAGUCGUCCUUGCUCGAAAAUACCUUUGUCCCGUUUGCUAUUGUGCUCGUGAUCGCCUUCGUGUUUGUGUACAAGUACGUCCCCGAGACCAAGGGCAAGACCCUCGAAGAAAUCCAGCAAGACAUGACAAAGAUGUAAACGCCGCCGCCGCCGCCACGUCAGUGACUUGGUAGAUCGUAGCUUAAUAUACAGAUUCGGCUAGGGAACUAUAAUACUGUGUGUCGAGGGUGUGGAAGGCUUCCCCGCAAAAGCCAAAAGGACCAGGGACAUUUGAGAUGUG